AUGGAGUUGCCUGGGUAUUACUACGAUGAGGAGCGGGGCAAGUACUUCAAGAUUACGAAUAAUACCAGGCAGGGGCUUGGUGAGGUAAGACGGUACGACCGAGAAGAGCUGAAACGUAAACAGCGGGAUGACGAGCAGCAAGUACUUGCAGAACGCAUCAGGUCAAGGGAACGCAAGGCUGUACGAAGGAUUGUUGUUGAGCGGUUGGAACGCGGGCCCGCUAGGGCGGGUGCGAGAGGGACAGGUGUUGUGGAUUCGCUGUUGCAGUGUUCGCUGCAGAGGAGGGAGUGUGAGACGGGCGGUGCUGGAUUGAAUUAUCGCGAACAUGUGGAUAUUUUCAGCGGGGCAGCAGCGGUAGUCGGCGAGAUACUGCCGUAUGUGAGUGUUGUGGAGGCACCUUCAGGUGGUGAUAGUGGCGGUUUGCUGGUGGCGGUAUGUGACGAGAACGGUACGGAAUAUGUUAUCCAGGAACGAGACGGCAAGAUUGUGGGCAUGAGGGAAAUGGUACGUGGGUUGGGGUCGGCGGUGCCGUUGGCGCUGGUGUUGCCGGUUCGUUAUGCCGGGAAUGAUGCGCAUCAGGGAUGGCUGUUGAAUACUGGGAACGAGUACAUUUUAAGCAGUGCUGCUGCUGCGCCUGUGGCGCUGUCGCCGAAUGCAGCAAUGCGUACUCCUGCUUGCGCCAGUGCUGCCAUAAGCCGGAUUGGCGUAGCGUCGGGAAUCGAGGUGUUCGAUAUGCUUGAAUUACCUGUUAGUACUGCAACAGCUGCUGACUAUAUAAACGUGGUGUGCCUUGCCAUGCACAACAGGGUUCAGUUUUUGACGCACGAUUACGGCAGCGGGCUGGGCGCAAGUCGGCAUGGAGUGUUCAGGCUACCUAGAACGCUGAGGGUGCCACAACAACAGCAGCGAACAGAUGUGCUGUCUUUGGCGGGUACCGUUUUUGGUGAGUUGUUUGCUGGUUGCCGUGCAGGGCAACUUUUCCGGUUCAAAUUUCACCCGGACAACAGAACCGAUGACGUGCUACUGUUGCAGUACUUCAAUGGCCCAGUGGUAAACAUCAAAUUCAUUCCAAACACAAGGUUACUUGUGGUUUCUGUGUUUGCCCAUCCAUGCCAAUGUGUGUACUUGAUCACGGUUGAUUAUUUGCAAAAUCCUAUAAUAGCAAGGUUCAAGAGCAAAUUCCAAAACACUUGUAAACGUACGGAAAUACUUCAUGUAUCCGACGAUGGUAGCUAUUUAAUAUACGGUAGCUUGCUUGCGGAUGAAGGUCGUGGUGAUUUUGAAGUCUUCUCGACCAACGUGACUGGCCAAUUGGUUACGGACUACGACGAAACGACAAAGGUUCCCAUCGUCCACGCCUUCAAGUCGAUGAAGAGCUGCAUACCAAAGCAAAGUAUUAAGCGGUUACUCGCUGUGACCCUAACAACUUCCCACCAUAAAGAGCAUAGCGAUUUUGAGCAUUUCCACACCCGUUGCAUUGAUCACCACCACCAUAUGGUCUAUCGCCAUGUGUCACCGAAUGGGGAACCGUCCCAUUUACGGCUCAUAUCGUUAUCUAAAGAUGAGGAUGACGUGGGCAUCGUUCUGAGGUCUGUUGAUUUACUUUAA